AUGGGCGCCGGGGAAGGGCCGGGAACCGGGCUGGCCCCCGUGGAGAGCUCCCAGGCCUUCACCUGGCAGUCCCAGCUCCGGCAUCGCUGGGACGAAGAGAAGAAGCACUGCUUUGCCAACAUCUGUGACGCCCAAAUCCAGUACUCCUACGAAUACCUGGGCAACACGCCGCGGCUGGUCAUCACCCCGCUCACAGACAGAUGCUACAUAACCUUGACCCAGUCCCUGCACCUGAUCAUGGGCGGGGCCCCCGCUGGCCCUGCCGGGACCGGCAAGACGGAGACGACCAAGGAUCUGGGCAGGGCCCUGGGCACCAUGGUGUAUGUCUUCAACUGCUCGGAGCAAAUGGACUACAAGUCUUGUGGGAACAUCUACAAGGGCCUGGCUCAGACUGGAGCGUGGGGCUGCUUCGAUGAAUUUAACCGAAUCUCGGUGGAGGUCUUGUCCGUGAUCGCUGUGCAGGUUAAAUGUGUCCAAGAUGCGAUUCGGGCCAAGAAAAAAACGUUCAGUUUCCUGGGAGAGAUGAUAGGUCUCAUCCCCACCGUGGGCAUUUUCAUCACCAUGAACCCUGGGUAUGCAGGACGCGCCGAGCUGCCCGAGAAUUUAAAGGCCUUAUUCAGGCCCUGCGCCAUGGUGGUUCCCGACUUUGAACUGAUAUGUGAGAUCAUGCUGGUGGCCGAGGGCUUUCUGGAAGCCCGCCUGCUGGCCAGGAAGUUCAUCACGCUCUAUACCUUGUGCAAAGAGCUCCUGUCGAAGCAGGAUCAUUACGACUGGGGCUUGCGAGCCAUCAAGUCUGUGCUGGUGGUGGCCGGCUCCCUGAAGAGGGGCGACCCCAGCCGGGCAGAGGACCAGGUGCUCAUGAGGGCGCUGAGAGACUUCAACAUCCCCAAGAUCGUGACCGACGACCUGCCCGUGUUCAUGGGGCUGAUCGGGGACCUUUUCCCUGCCCUGGACGUGCCUCGGAAGCGGGACCUGAAUUUUGAAAAGAUCAUCAAGCAGAGCAUCGUGGAGCUCAAGCUGCAGGCAGAAGACAGCUUUGUGCUGAAGGUCGUGCAGCUCGAGGAGCUGCUCCAAGUGCGCCACUCGGUGUUUGUCAUCGGGAACGCGGGCAGUGGCAAAUCUCAGGCAUGCCCCACUCUUGUCCACUCCUCGGUCCUCCCUGAAGGAGUGGUGGCCCCCGAGCCCUGGGUGAACAACGCACCCCCACACCAGGUCCUCAAGUCUCUCAACAAGACCUAUCAGAACAUGAAGAGGAAGCCGGUUGCCGUGGACCUGGACCCCAAGGCUGUCACCUGUGAUGAGCUGUUUGGCAUCAUCAACCCGGCCACCAGGGAGUGGAAAGACGAUUCCCCCGGGGAGCUUCCAGAAUUUAGCGGUGUUCUGAAUCGGGGUGUCAGUGUCUUUCUGACGUUCGUGGCUCUGGGUCCUUUCCCGGUGACCAGAGGAGGGUUCAUUAAGAUCGGCGACAAGGAGGUGGAGUACCACCCCAAGUUCCGUCUCAUCCUGCACACCAAGCACUUCAACCCACACUACAAGCCCGAGAUGCAAGCCCAGUGCACCCUGAUCAACUUCCUGGUCACCAGGGACGGGCUCGAGGACCAGCUCUUGGCUGCUGUGGUGGCCAAAGAGCGCCCGGAUCUAGAGCAGCUGAAGGCGAACCUCACCAAGUCCCAAAAUGAAUUCAAGAUUGUUUUGAAGGAGCUGGAAGACUCCCUGCUGGCCCGGCUGUCGGCUGCGUCAGGGAACUUUCUGGGGGACACGGCCUUAGUAGAGAAUCUGGAGACCACCAAGCACACGGCCAGCGAGAUCGAGGAGAAGGUGAAAGAGGCAAAAAUCACAGAGGUUAAAAUCAAUGAGGCCAGAGAGAACUACCGGCCAGCCGCAGAGAGGGCGUCCCUGCUGUACUUCAUACUGAACGACCUCAACAAGAUUAACCCCAUCUAUCAGUUCUCGCUCAAGGCCUUCAACGUGGUAUUCGAGAAGGCCAUCCAGAAGACCACCCCCGCAGAGGAGGUCAGGCAGCGAGUAAUCAACCUGACGGACGAGAUCACCUACUCCGUCUACAUGUACACGGCCCGCGGGCUCUUCGAGCGGGAUAAGCUCAUCUUCCUGGCCCAGGUGGCCUUCCAGGUCUUGUCCAUGAAGAAAGAGCUGAACCCAGUCGAGCUGGAUUUCCUCCUGCGGUUCCCUUUCAAGGCGGGGGUCCAGUCGCCGGUGGACUUCCUGCAGCACCAGGGAUGGGGCGGCAUCAAGGCCCUGUCGGAAAUGGAUGAGUUCAAGAACCUGGACAACGACAUCGAAGGGUCUGCCAAGCGGUGGAAGAAGCUGGUGGAGUCGGAAGCCCCUGAGAAGGAAAUCUUCCCCAAGGAGUGGAAGAACAAAACGUCCUUGCAGAAGCUGUGCAUGGUGAGGUGCAUGCGGCCAGACCGCAUGACCUACGCCGUCAAGAACUUUGUGGAGGAGAAGAUGGGCAGCAAGUUCGUGGAGGGCCGGAGCGUCGAGUUUUCCAAGUCCUACGAGGAGAGCAGCCCUUCUACUCCGAUUUUCUUCAUCCUUUCCCCAGGCGUUGACCCCCUCAAAGACGUGGAAGCCCUGGGGAAAAAGCUGGGAUUUACCAUAGACAACGGGAAACUGCAUAACGUGUCCCUGGGGCAGGGACAGGAGGUGGUGGCUGAGGACGCUCUGGACAUGGCUGCAGAGAUGGGACACUGGGUCAUUCUGCAGAACAUCCACCUUGUGGCGCGGUGGCUGAGCACCCUGGACAAGAAGGUGGAGCACCACAGCAUGGGCAGCCACGAGGACUACCGCGUGUUCAUCAGCGCCGAGCCCGCCCCCAGCCCCGAGUCGCACAUCAUCCCCCAGGGCAUCCUGGAAAACGCCAUCAAAAUCACCAAUGAGCCACCCACGGGCAUGCACGCCAACCUGCACAAGGCUCUGGACCUCUUCACCCAGGACACCCUGGAGAUGUGCACCAAGGAGAUCGAGUUCAAGUGCAUCCUCUUCGCCCUGUGCUACUUCCACGCCGUGGUGGCCGAGAGGCGAAAGUUUGGGGCCCAGGGCUGGAAUAGGUUGUACCCCUUCAACAACGGGGACCUCACCAUCUCCAUCAACGUGCUCUACAACUACCUGGAGGCCAACACCAAGGUGCCCUGGGACGACCUCCGCUACCUGUUUGGAGAAAUCAUGUACGGCGGCCACAUCACGGACGACUGGGACCGGCGGCUGUGCAGGACGUAUCUGGCGGAGUACGUGCGGGUGGAGAUGCUGGAGGGCGAGAUCCUGCUGGCGCCGGGCUUUCAGAUCCCCCCCAACCUGGAUUACAAGGGUUACCACGAGUACAUCGAUGAGAACCUGCCCCCCGAGAGUCCCUACCUGUACGGCCUGCACCCCAAUGCAGAGAUUGGCUUCUUGACAGUCACGUCAGAGAAGCUGUUCCGCACCGUCCUGGAAAUGCAGCCCAAAGAGACCGACUCAGGAGCAGGCACCGGAGUAUCUCGCGAGGAGAAGGUGAAGGCCGUGCUGGAGGAGAUCCUGGAAAAGGUCCCGGAGAUGUUCAACAUGGCCGAGAUCAUGGCGAAGGCGGCUGAGAAGACCCCCUAUGUGGUGGUCGCCUUCCAGGAAUGUGAAAGAAUGAACAUCCUCACCAAUGAGAUGCGCCGCUCGCUGAAGGAGCUGAGCCUGGGGCUGAAGGGGGAACUGACCAUCACGACCGACAUGGAAGACCUGUCCACGGCGCUGUUCUACGACACUGUGCCCGACCCGUGGGUGGCCCGGGCCUACCCCUCCAUGAUGGGCCUGGCGGCCUGGUACGCCGACCUGUUGCUCCGCAUCAGGGAGCUCGAGGCCUGGACGACAGACUUCACCCUGCCCACCACUGUGUGGCUGGCCGGCUUCUUCAACCCCCAGUCCUUCCUCACGGCCAUCAUGCAGUCCAUGGCCAGGAAGAACGAGUGGCCGCUGGACAAGAUGUGUCUAUCUGUGGAAGUAACCAAGAAGAACCGGGAGGACAUGACGGCACCGCCCCGAGAGGGCUCCUAUGUGUAUGGGCUCUUCAUGGAAGGCGCUCGCUGGGACACCCAGACUGGAGUCAUCGCUGAAGCCAGGCUGAAGGAGCUGACGCCAGCCAUGCCCGUCAUCUUCAUCAAGGCCAUUCCUGUGGACCGCAUGGACACCAAGAACAUCUAUGAGUGUCCUGUGUACAAAACACGCAUCCGCGGCCCCACCUACGUCUGGACCUUUAACCUCAAGACCAAAGAGAAGGCAGCGAAGUGGAUCCUGGCGGCCGUGGCCCUGCUCUUACAGGUCUAGCAUAGCUGGUGCCAGGGUUGACAAUUAGAAAUUCAGCCCUGCCACUGUUCCUUAUUUUUAUAGGAACCGAUAGUUGCCUUUUGUCUAAGUAACCCAGACACUUUAGAAGCACGUCAAGGUGGACGGGCCAGAGAGUGGGGGCGGCGGUGCAAGGGGGGGUGCAGGCCGGAUUAAAACAGAAGUCACUAAGUUGCGCUUGUCUGACUCACUGGAGCUGGGGGACUCCCCUGUUCCUGCUGCUGAGGCGAGCCCCCCAGGAGCCCAGCCCCCAAACCCUGCCGGCCCACAAGCAGCUUGGAGGUGUGAGCACAGCAGCCAUGGCCUCUGGCCUGACGCGCCACGCAAGCAACCCACCAGUGAGGGGCCAGGGCGUCCGUACCAGCAGGAACUGCCACCUCCACAGUCCCCUGAGGCGCUGUCCCUUCUCCCAAGGACAGAGAACCUUUCUUGAUUCAGACAAAGCCUCCUCCCUCCCAGGUCCCGGGUGCUGAGACACGCCAGUCCAGAGGCAACUUUGUACCUUCAACCGCCCACUUUCUGAGCAUGCGCACAGAACAUCACGAACUUGGUUCCCGGGACAACCAUUAAUUAACGUGUGUCCUUGGAGGUCACAGGCUUGUCAUGUCCACAAUAACUCCCGGAGGCCGUGGGUCCCUUUUCAGGAGGCACAGCACCUUCCUUUCCUCCCGCCCCUGCGGUCCCCACAUCCCGGGGGGGUCCCCCGCCGCACCCCAACUGUGGCCGGGCAAGCUGGGGCAUGGGCAGUGCCACACCAGAGGGCCAGUGCCUGGCAGCCGGGGGUCCUGACUUCCCCCGGGGACACGCGCUGCAGCGAGCAUGGGAAGGCCGACACCC